AUGAGCACCGCCACCAGCUCUUCCAAUUCGGCGUGGCCACCUAAGAAACGCCCUUCUCAGCGGACGAAACUGAGAAACGGAACCUUUAUUAUCCCCAGCACUGGCGAACGAUCGAGACAAGAGUUCUCCCUGCGCACUUCGACCAAUUCAGCCUUGAACAAUAACAACGACAAUAACCCGAAAUUCCACUCUCUCGACGAAGCCGAGUCGAUUACUGACCGCCUACAAAUCAUUACACAAAACAUCAAAACCGCUUUCGUCUUAGUAUGGCUAUGGCUGCACACCGACGAGGGACAUGGAGUCCUCAAGUGCGUCCUUGCCUAUGUGCUUGGUAGUCUGGGCACCUUUUUCCCACCCUUGACAGCCUUUCUUGGCAAUAGAGACGGAAAGCAUGUAUCAGCAACUAUUACUGUCUAUUUUCACCCAGCACGAACCGUCGGUUCCAUGCUUGAGGCGUCCGUGAUAGCGUUUGUUGCUGUGUUCUAUGCUGAGACGAUAUCCGUCCUUUCAAUGGGGAUCGCUAUUGCCAUGCGAUCUCAGUUCGGGCUAACUGGUGCUGCCCAUGCUCUCAUUCUCAUUGUUUGCAUUGGCGGAGGCCUGGGCUUCGUGGGCUGGGUCAAGCAGAGGCUUAACAGUCCUCUCGUCAACGUUGGCUCCACCCUGGCUUCCAUUGCAAUCAUUUCCGUAAUCACGAAAGAGGAAAGCGUCCAAGGAGGUUAUUUUGACGAUGACAAGAUUGUUCAGGUUUUGAAACUGCUUCUCGUUGGCAUCACUUGCACUUUUGCUGUUAAUUUACUGCUAUGGAGAGUUUCAGCGAGACAGGUCCUUCGAAGGUCCAUAAUGACUGCCAAUAGCUCUCUGGGUGAUAAGCUAUCGUCUAUCACAAAAGGCUUCCUCAGUGGCACCGAAGACGAGUUGUGGACAAAUGAAUACAGCCGUGUCUCUGCCCGGUACAACGCUGCAUACGCAACGAUGCACUCAACCCUCCGCGAAGCUAAGUUUGAGUACUACUUUCUUGGUCGAGAAUCAUUUUACCCUCUCGACAAGCGUCUGUCAAGAUCGGUUGAAGGCCUCUCACAGGCCCUAGGAGGAUUGCGUAGUGCUCUGGAGACCCAAUUCACUCUACUCAGGGAGGUCCCUAGCUUCGAAGAUUCUUUCCCUUCACCCAGGAGCACUGUACUUACACCACCUCUUGCAAGGGCUAUCAGUGCCUACCUAGAUGGUGGGGGUCAAAGGCUGUCUGACAUUGACGAGUCGGGUGAAAGCGAAGAAGAGCGACAGGCCACAAGAAACAAGUCAGAUUCUGCGCUGAUGGUAGCUCCUGCUUUCCAAGAGCCAUCGGACAUAUUCGCCCUCUUCAUUGACAUGCUUGGCCCAUCAAUUAAAUCGCUGGCUCAUACUCUCUCCGAGAUUUUACGUGAGCCUGCUUUUGGAAAGGACCCAAACAAAGAUGUUACUGUUAAUGAACAACUGAGAGAAAGCCUCCGCGACGCCCUCAAUCUCUAUAAUAAUGCCAGAUCAGGAUCUUUGGAAGAGCUCUAUCGCACCAUCGAAUUCGGGCGAACUCGUUCUGAAAAGAUUCAAGCUGAUAUCGAGGAAGUUGCCGCCGCCUGUGGGCACUUUUCUUUCAGCUUGCAGGCUGUUGCAGAAGAAACUGAUGCAUAUUUGGACGUGCUGGAAGAUGUCAAAUACACUACAGAGACUGCAUCGAGGUCUUGGAGCUGGCUCAAGUUCUGGAGGCGCUUCAACUGGACAAAAUCACCCGAUAAGAACAUGAUGGGGGAUCCGGAACACGAGUCCUUGAUACAAAAACCGCCUGUGCCUAGGCUUCGAAAAUCACAAAUACCCAAGGGCAUCCCAGAUACGAUGGUAGCACGACGAGACACCUUUAAUUGGGAUGCCGCGCCUCAGGCCAGUAAACUCAAGAGGAGAUUCGCACAGAAGAUGCUCCAAAUCUCCCGGUUCGUCGUCCGGGAAGACAUACUCUUUGGCAUCAAAGUUGGUAUUGGUGCUCUUCUUUGGGCGAUGCUAGCGUUCAUACCGGGGACAAGGCCUAUUUACCAGAAAUGGAGAGGUGAAUGGGGACUUCUUUCCUUCAUGAUUGUUGCCGCGAUGACAACAGGAUCAGCCAACACUACUGGGACAGCCAGAUUCAAGGGCACCAUCAUUGGUGCAACCUUUGCUGUAAUUUGUUGGACAGUCAGUCAGGGCAACGCCAUUGUUCUUGUGUGUUUGGGUGGCCUUGUGGCUUUGUUCAAUUUCUACGUGAUUUUGGUCAUCAAAAAGGCACCCCUGGGUAGAAUUGCCCUUCUAGCAUACAACGUCAGCACACUAUAUGCCUACAGUCUCUCACAGGAUGUCGACGACGAUGAUGAUGACGAGGGAGGUGCUAACCCUCUGAUCUUUGACAUCGUGUGGCAUCGAGUCAUCGCUGUGACCUUGGGUAUCAUAUGGGGCAUUGUUGUUUGCCGGCUACUAUGGCCGAUUUCUGGCAGAAAGAAAUUCCGAGAGGGACUUUCUGUGUUGUAUCUUCAGAUGGGGCUUAUUUGGAAGCGCGGGCCCCUCACAGUAUCGCUUCAGAAGGACAGUACGCACAACACCCUCGACUAUAUGCGAGAGGGCGAACAAGCUGCGCUCCAGCGAUAUGCUUUCAAGCUCGCGAGCCUUCGAACUGCGGCGAAAUCUGAGUUCGAGCUUCGAGGCCCUUUCCCAGACGCAGCAUAUGGGCGCAUUCUGCGUUCUACUAAAAAUAUGCUCAACGGGUUUUAUGCUAUGCGUCUUAUUGCCUCGAAACGAAACGAGUUAACAGAAGGCGAGCGAGCAUUACUAGAGUACACAAGUGCAGAAAGAGCUCUCCUCUGCCAGCGCAUUUGCCAUGUAUUCCAGGUAGUUGCAUCGUGUCUCAUGCUAGAAUACCCCCUGACAGAUGCAAUCCCUACUGUCGAGAACAACAAGGACAGGCUUUUGGGCAAAAUCUACCAAUUUCGAAAAGAGCACAUGAGCGCAGAUCUUUUAGGCGAUGAGACCCCUCUUGCUAUCCAGGAGAGCGACUACGCGCUGCUAUAUGCAUACACACUUGUGACAUUGCAGGUGGCGGCAGAGUUGAACAAGGUGAGGGCUGAGAUAGAGAGCCUGUAUGGAGUCUUGCACGAUGAAGCGUUGUUGUUGCAGUGA